AUGUCCUCUGCUCAUGAUGCCACCACCAAGAUCUCCAUUGACAAGUUCGACGGCGACAACUACGCGACGUGGAGCCGCUACAUGCGUGGCGUGUUCCUGACCAAGUCGGCGUGGCACGUGGUGAACCGGGAGACCACCCCCACCUUCGCCGAUCCUCGCGCCAGUGACGACUACGUCAAGACGAACAACAUUGCGUUCGGCUUGAUGCUUCUGCACAUGAGCGCGGAUUAUCAUCACGUGGUUGAUGACUGUGAAGAGGCGUGGGUCGCGUGGGCGCGUUUGAAGACGCUGUACGGCGGGUCGCAGAAGGCUGGACGCAUCUACUUGAAGCGCCAGCUGUUCAGCAUGGAGAUGGCGGAAGGCGGCAAUGUGAUGCAUCAUUGCAACGAAGUCCUCAACAUCAGCGCGAAGCUCAGCAGCAUCGGCGCCAAGAUGGAGAAUGAGGACGUUGCGAUCUGCUUACUGCGCAGUCUGCCCAAGAUUUCGAGAACGGGGUUCUCAACUUGGAGAUGA